GCCACUUCUUGGGACGUUGACGACUGGAAGCGGCGUUUGGACCGCGGCGCUCCCGGGUUCUGUGGCAGCCGGGCUGCGGCCCCCCAGUGCCGUCGAGCUGGAAGUGGAGGGGCAGUGGUACAAGCGGAGCCCGAAGCAGCAGCAGCAGCAGCAGCCGCUCGACCCCUCGCCGCCGCCGAUGGAGGCGAGCCUGACGUGCGCCGUGUGCUUGUCGCUGUUGGAGGAGCCGGUGACGCUGCCUCUGUGCUCGCACAACUUCUGCCGGGGCUGCGUGCUGGAGUGCCUGGCCUCGGCCGAGGCCGCCCGCCUGCAGCAGCUGCAGCGGAACCCGGGGCGGGCCCGUCUCGGCCGCGGUGCGCCGGGGCCGGGGCCGGGCCCGGGCCCGUCCUGCGCCCGGGUGCCUUGUCCUCUGUGCCGGAAGCUGUGCCUCCUGCCCCGCGGCGGCGUGGCCGCCCUGCCCGUCAACACCACCCUGGCCGAGGUGGUCAAGCUCUACCGGUCCGGCGCGGCGGGUGCCGCCACGGCCGGGGAGGCGGCGCUGGGGCCGAAGCCGGGAUCCGACCCGCUUUCCCUGCAGGCGUUCGGGGGAAGCUGCCAGAAACAUCCGAGCCGGCCGGUGCAGCUCUACUGCCGCAUGUGCCGGCAGGCGGGGUGCGGGCAGUGCGUCUCCGAGGAGCACCAGGGCAUCUUCCACUCUGUCAACCUCAUAGACACGGUGUACCAGGAAGAAAAAUUAACCUUCUUUAGCACUCUGAAACAAAUGAGGAUAAUGAAUGAGAAGCUGGUGAAUGAGAUCUCAAAACGACCGAAUGAUGCAGAUAUGACAUUGAAAAACGAUGUGGAGAUAAUUGAGCUGAAAUUUGGAGAAAUUUUCAAAACUCUAGAAAUGAAAAAACAGCAAUUACUAGAAGAUGCUGGAAAUCAAAGAAGUAAAAAAGAGAAGGAAUUUCAGAUUUGGAAGAAAAUGAAAGAAACUCACAAGAAGACCAUUGAUAAUUUUUUGAAGGAUUGUGAAAAGCUUGUCCAUGAGUGUGAUCCUCAGUGUUUCCUGGAGGUUGCCUGUGGCUUGAAUUCAAGAAUGAAAACUCAGCUUGAUGUGAUGAAUAUAGCAUCCAACUGGGAAAAACCACCAGUGUAUAUACCAAAGAAGAUAGAUAUCAAGUCUGUGGUUAAUGAAAUCUUAGCAUUGGAGUUAACACCUGUUGAUGCAGGCAUUGUUCAAGAGCUACCUUAUGAAGGAAAUGAGAGCUCAACUCUAUUUAAAGAUACCUUAAAGCAAUGGCAGGACCAGAAGAAUAUACCCAACACAUUUCUUCCUGUAACAGGACAGGAUGAAGCAGACGGUAGCAGGAUCCCUACUAGCUUUAUGUCAAUAUCAGAAAUGUCAGCAUUUCAAAAUAUGAGCCAUGAGGAGCUACGUUACAAAUACUAUAUGGAACUUCAGAAGCUCACCAAUGUGUUUAAGACUCAAAAAUUCCCUGCAAACAAAAAGUAUAAAUUUGUAACUGCUGAGGCCUUCAAGGAUAAGUCGUCAGGAACUUCUUUUGUAUCUUCACCUACCAAAGCAAAUAAGACAGAUAAAAUAAAAAUGGGAGCCCUGCAAAGAGGAGAUGGCUUUGACAAAAGAAACUCUCCUGGAAGCAGUGCUCACAGCAUCCCAUCCACAAGUAGGAUCUUUUCUGAAACUAAUGGUGGCUUAAAAUUAUUUCAUGAGGGAAGUGGCCAGGAAGUAUCUGGUCCAGCCUUGUCAGAAGCCUCUCCAGACUUGUUAAUUAAAGAAAAAUGGCCAAGACAGGCAUCAGCAGGUACUGUUUCCAAGGAAAUGAAUUCAAAUUCUGGCACUUUAUUGGACUUAAAGCCAUCAGCAACAGUGGCUGUUACUGUUUCAACUUCAGAAUCUGUAGAUGUUUCAGCAGAGAGACCUUCAGGUGUACCUUUUACUUUCAGUGCAUCUAACAACUCAUUACCAAGAUUUAGUAAAGAUAGAGGUACAUUUUCCUUUAAAAAGCAAGACAAGAGAUGUACUUUCCCUCAGUUUUAUUUAGGGAGAUGUGAUAAGGUGGAUAAAACCAAUAACCAGGAUAAAUAUGGUCCUGAAGCCAAAAACAUAGUUUGUGAUGCUCCAACAAGUCCUAAUUUAGUCUCACCAGAAAGUGAGAAACCACACAUUUUGUUUCCCUUUGGCAAUUCAGAAAGAGAUUGGUUUGCAGGAUCAGAAGCUAGCAAUUCAUGUAAGGUGUUACCAUUAUCCUCAUUUUUCAGCCAAUCUGAGAAGCCAUCUGACAAAACAUUAUCUCACAUGAGGGAAAAAACACCUUGUGCAAAGGAAGCUGGAGGAUGUGGUACACAGAAACCAUCUGUCUUAGGGGAGCAAAAACCUCACACCUCAGAAUCCAGCACAACUGUAGCUUGUGGUACUUCAGACACCAACACCACAGCUGGGGUGAAUGAUGUCUCCAAGACCCCCCUUCUCACCAAUGAUUGUGUGUUUCCUUUCAAAAGUAACUUUCCAUUGCCUUCACCAGUAUUUUCAUUUGGAGGCAUUCUCAGAAAUACCUCUGAUUUGCUGACUUCUUCUGUGUUUUUUUCUGGAAACAGAACAGAAAAAAGUGAUAAGAAGAUGAAAUCUGACAAAACACUUCUAAAUGUAGGGAAGCCUGUAACUUCAGAGUGUGCAGCACCUGCUUCUCUUCAGAGUCAUCCAAAAUGCGAAGGCUCAUGUUUGCCUAUGAACUCAUCUGAAAACACUGAAAGUGCAGAAAGGCUUGGUGAUGGUAACGCUCCUCCUUGUCAGCCUUUAUGUUCAGGAGUCCUUCCUGUUGAAUGUGAGAAUGCGUCUUCCACUCAACUCCCUGAAGAAACGCAACAACAGAAAAUGGUAAAAGAUGAAGAAACUGUUGUUGAAAACAACUGUUUAUGUCCUAGAAGGGAGGAUGAACCUGAGCCUGUACAGUUCCAGAGCACAGCUUGUUCUGUUCCUGACACGUGCAAUGAUCCAUCUUUAGGAGGUUCUGUGCUUGCAGUAAGUGAGACAGGAAAAAUGCUAAGAGACAGCACUUCUGACACUUAAGAGCUAAGUCAAACAUCUGUCUCUACUGAUACCAGCCAUGCAUCAGAAUAUUUUUCUGUUGCUGAAGACAAAAUGUCAGGUAGAACAAAAUCAGAUGUGAAGAGAGACUGAAAAGGAAAAUAAGCUGGAAUGAAAUAAAUGCUACUUAAUACAUUAAAAGGUGGGCAUAGUUGUGAUUUUACAGCUGUUCUACCCACUUCUCACCAAUCAAGGUAUAUCUAUGUCAGAAGCAUAACUGCUUAUGAGCAGUACAAUGCAAUGAAGUGGUUUUUGUAGUAUAGUCAUUAUCUCAAGAAACAACCAAAAACGUCACGUCCUGCUCAAGACCAAAGCAUAGCCAUAGAUGCUGCAUCUUCAAGAAUGCGAACUUUCUGGGGUAUGUUUGGGGGAUGGGGAGCUGAGGUGUCCCAGAAAGCGAGCUGGGUGAAGCCUCAGUGGCAGGAGGGGAGUAACUUGCUGUCUGUGUGCAGCAGCACUUGCACUUAAAUGGGUAAGAGAACAGCCAAGAGCAUUCACCUCACAGGCAGGGAGGGAGGAAAGCCACAACAAAAAUAAAGGAUAUUGAAGGUGUUACUAAAAAUUGUUUUACUUAUCUCCCCUUGGCUGUUCCCUUUUCUGUGAUGUGUUUAAUGUAUGUUGAAGGUGUAAGUUCGAGUGUAAUUUCAAUAAUUUCUCUUGUGCUUUUGAAAUUGAAGCCUCAUACCAGUGUUCUUGUUACAUGCUGCAGAAGGGUGUCAGCUACACCUCUGAAGUGCUGCUUUCAGGAAAAAGAAACAUCACAAUUGAAUUUCAGCUCUUUUUGGCAACAGUUUGGGGAUACUUGGACAGAUUAACUUGCUGUUUUAUUGAAAGCUUUUGGAGAACCUAGCUUUUAAACCACAAAAACUUUAUUUUGAAAUCUAUGUAUAAUAAUAAGAAAAAAGGAAAACAGCACUUCUUACUAUAUAUUAAUGAUUUGGAAUUCAUGGAGUUUUUAGUCUGAAAAUCAAUACAAAGUAAGGAUAAAAAGACCACCUUUUCUACUUGCUGGCUAUCUUGUUGGAUCCAAGAAAUACGUGCUUUAGUUAUUGGAAUACACAGAAGCACUGUUUCAGAAUAAAGGUCUAUUUUGUUUACUGUUCAUGCUUCAGCAAAAGCUGAUGCUAGGCUUUAAAGAAAUUAAUUGUGUAUUAGAUAUGUCAACUGGCAGUAUUAAAUCAAAAUGCAGAAUGUUUAAUAUUCCUUCAGAAGUUUUCACUGGCAAAUCUCUGCAGUACUUACUAAUAUACUUACUGUGACAUAAAACUUAGAAAAACCAUUCUUCUUUCAGGAAAUUUUGACCUAAUUUCAUUUGUGUUCAGUUCUUGGCCUCAGUUUUUCUGUGGCAGUGCAUUCCUUUAUUAAAUGUGCUGAAACUUAUUAAAUGUUUCUAGUAUUUAUCACAAUUAAUAGUACUGCUUUUCUGUCUGCAUUAUAAUAAGGAAGGUGGUGAAAAUUCUCUUUAUGGUUAGUCUUUCAGUUCUUGAUGUUCAUCUCUUAAAUCUUACUGUAUUUCAGUUUUCUCCUAAGAUUUUUUUUUAGCUGUUAUCUCUAGACAUUCUUAUCAUGUUCUGCAUGUGUAAGAGAGAAAUGUUAAUUCAAAUCACUGGAAGACAAAGGCUGAGCAAGAUGAUAAUAGCAGUGUCACAGGUGGCAGUUGGUCUCACUCUAACAAAAGCAAGAGAAAUUGAACAAUUUUAGAAUCGGAGAGGCACCUGUAAAAUUCAUUGCCAGAAAGUUGCAAAAAACGUUUGUUUUCUUCUACACUGACAAAAAAAUUCCUAAUGAGCUAGGGUUAAUUAGAAAUUUUAAAGUUUCUGAAGCUUAACAUAUUUUCAACCUGUCUUCUGCUAAUUUCUGUUAUUUCAUGAGAGUUUGAUAAAACUAAACUUUCAUGCAGAUACUUUGUCUCAGUGAAAAGACACCAUUAUAGAGCAAAUAUACUACUAUAUACUACUUUGAAAGUAAAAGUUGUGGGUGUGGGGGUUUGCUCUAGUCCUGGGGCUGCUUUUCAAGCAUUGCUGUCCAAGUGCCUUACAGCACAGCAUUCAGAUUUUACAGGGCAGAUCGGAUUCACAUAGAAACAAACAAGAAGAUCCUUGUCCACUCCCUGGGCCAUACUAUGCUGAUCCAGAAGGGAGCCCUUCCCCUGUUCCCUGAAAAUGCUGUGAGGUGCAGAAUAACCUCUGGGUCUUAGGCAUGCCUCCUCCUGACUACUGUAAAAAUUAACCCUUUCCUGGAUGGAAGCAGGACAAUCAGUGAUCUUGGGUGAACCAGAGCUAAUUCAAAGAAAUGGGAUUCAGAGUUGUCCCUAAUGCAUAUUUUGCUUUUUAUCCAUAGAGAAUAACUUAUACCACUGUCUUGGUCAUAAUCAUAAAAUUCUGUGUAGCAGUGAGGACUGAUGUCAAAGCCUCACUUUGCUAGGUUAUCUAAACUUAGGUAUGUGUGUAUUUUUUUUCAGAUUACAAGCAAACAAAAAGGCAGUGUUAAAGUGAAGCAUUUGUCUGAAAAUACUACUGAGAAAUUUGCCCUUGCUGGGAAAAAAAACCAAAAACAGACAAAGAAAGAUUAAAAAAAAACAAACAAGAAAAAAACCCUAAAGCACCAAGGAAAAAGCAUAUUUUUUAAACUCAGUAAUUUGGUUUACGCAGUUCUGUAUCUUUCUGAUUCCUUAAAAUACAGUGGAUAAAAAAUUAAGCAAGUCUACAUAUGGUUGAAAAUUUUUAUUAAUCAAGCAUUGCUAUAUUGUUAUGAAGCCUUCUAUGUAUUUCAGAUUUUGUAAACUAAAUCUGCAGGCCAGUUUGAAAGCUUUUAUAGUGGUUCAUGACUAUACUACUUGGUGAUUUAAUAGAAACUUUGGAAAGCAAUUAAAACAGUUUAUUUUAUUAUAAUAGCUAAAGUACUUGUUGAACAUGCUUUACAAAUGAGCUGAAAGUUUCUAGUGCUGUCCUGCUGAGGCUAAUCUCUCCAGCUGUCAGAAAUGUGAUGUUUGUUCAAUGUCUGUCUGAGGGCUAUAUUAACAUAUAUGUCAUUGCCUGGAUAAAAGGUGCAACUGAAAGAUGAAGUACAACUACUUGGUUUUGUAACUAUUAAAAAAAAAAAAAUUUAUUAAAAACAAUUGUUUAGUUGACAUUAGAGCUGCUUAAAUGUCAAUUUUUAAAGGUUAACUUCCUAAAGCAAACUUUGCAUUAUUUUGUAUUUUUGGUUCGUUUAUCAUUUUAUUAUUGGUUAUUAACUAAAGCUUUAUUCUGAAAUUGUAUUUGAUAACUCAGAUCUAGUAACUUUCUAACAUAAAGACUGAUGGUCUCUGUGGUAAGACUGUUAAGUACUGGUGCUUUGGUUAGUUUUUAUUCUUCAGGUAACAUACUGCAGUUUCCCUUUAUAGUUUUCUUCCAGCUGUUUAAA